ACGCACUAGUCUUCUGCGCUUGACGCCGUGAGCCUUGUGAAUUCGAGCGCUCUACGGUUAUGUAUUAACAAGUUGGGGAAAGAGCAGUUUCAUUAUAUAUUUCCAGUUAACGCAAAAAGGCGGAAACUGGUUAGACCAGUGACUUAAUAUAAGGGGAUUUUAAGUUGCAGAAUAUAACUCACAAAUCCAGCGACACUGGAAUAGCUGCCACAGGGGGAACGGAUUUGUGGCAUUUAUUGAAAAAGCAGACCUACAGUAUGCGGUGCAGCCAUGGCAGGCAAGGGUAAGACAGCUGUGAGGACGCUGGAGGAUUUAACGCUCGAUUCCGGUUAUGGUGGAGCCGCGGACUCCUUCAGGUCGUCCAGCGUGUCGCUGUGCUGCUCGGACACGCAUCUGUCAUACGCGCAUGGGGGCAACUAUUGGCAUCUGACCGAAUCUAUGCACAGUCGACACAACAGCUUGGACACGGUUAACACCGUUCUGGCGGAAGACACGGAGAUCUUGGAGUGCUCCGGCCAGUGCGCCAAGCUUCCCGAGCUGGAGGACGUGCCAUGGAGCCUCGGCGAGGUGGAGUGCGCACUCAGGAAGGAAGAAGAGCUAUGUGUCGGGAACCCGUCCCGAGAGGUCCUAGACAAGCUUUCGACUCUGGUCAGCCGGGCGUUGGUGAGGGUCGCACGGGAGGCUCAGCGGCUCAGCCUGCGCUACGCUAAGUGCACCAAACAGGAGAUCCAAAGCGCCAUCAAGAUGGUUCUCUCCUGGACCAUCUCUGUCAACUGCAUCACCGCCGCGCUCAGCGCACUGUCGCUUUACAACAUGAGCACUGGGGAUAAGUUCAGCCGGGGAAAGUCGGCGCGGUGCGGGCUGGUUUUCUCCGUGGGAAAGUUUUUCAAGUGGAUGGUUGACAGUCGGGUGGCACUCCGGGUCCACGAGCACGCAGCCAUAUACCUAACCGCCUGCGUGGAGAGCCUGUUCCGGGAGGUAUUCUGCCGAUUACAUCGGAGCGCGCUUGUGGAGAAGGACAACGGCAUCCCCAAAUUUACUCUUGAGUCCUUGGAACAGGCCAUCAACAAUGACUCAGAGAUUUGGGGUCUUCUGCAGCCCUACCAGCACCUCAUAUGCGGGAAGAAUGCAAGUGUGUCAACAUGGGCCACUCCGUUGUUACACCAGAAGCUACAGUCUGCUAGCUUGCAUAGCCACCUGACAGGUGUGCUGAGCCUGCCGGACAGCCUGAACCUGCACAGAGACCAGCAGCGCUCAGGGAAGGGCGGUGAGGGCGUGGUCUACAGUCAGGCUGACCUCCGCACCUUGGAACAGUCUCUACUGGCCACACGUGUGGGAAGCAUUGCAGAGCUCACUGAUUUGGUGUCACGGGCCAUGCACCAUCUCCAGCCACUGCACAUCAAGAACCCCAGCAAUGGCACACCGGUCCACCAGAAGAGCAGCUCAGUGCACUGGGAGCCUGAGGCCCUCUACACCCUCUGCUACUUCAUGCACUGUCCCCAGAUAGAGUGGGAGAACCCCAACGUGGAGCCCUCCAAAGUCACCCUGCAGACUGAGAGGCCCUUCCUUGUACUGCCCCCGCUGAUGGAGUGGAUUCGGGUGGCGGUGGCGCACACAGAACACAGACGAAGCUUCUCUGUGGACAGCGACGAUGUGAGACAGGCUGCCAGGCUUCUACUGCCAGGAGUGGACUGUGAACCGCGACAGCUAAAGGCAGACGAUUGUUUCUGUGCCACCCGGAAGCUGGAUGCGGCUUCCACAGAGGCUAAGUUUCUGCAAGACCUGGGUUUCCGCAUGCUUAACUGUGGACGAACGGACCUUGUCAAACAGGCAGUCAAUCUCCUGGGGCCUGAUGGGAUAAACAGCAUGAGCGAGCAGGGGAUGACUCCACUCAUGUAUGCCUGUGUGCGGGGAGACGAGGCCAUGGUUCAGAUGCUCCUGGAUGCUGGGGCUGACAUCAACAGCGAGGUGCCAAGCACAGUAAACAAGCACCCCUCAGUUUAUCCCGAAACACGCCAGGGGACGCCACUCACUUUCGCCGUGUUACACGGACACGUACCUGUUGUGCAGUUGCUCUUGGAUAACCGAGCCAGCGUGGAGGGAGCCCUACAGGACGGAGCGGAGAACUACACCGAGACGCCACUGCAGUUGGCCUCUGCUGCAGGGAACUUUGAGCUGGUCAGCCUGUUGUUGGAGAGAGGGGCCGAUCCCAUGAUCGGCACCAUGUACAGAAACGGCAUCUCGUCUGCCCCACUCGGGGACAUGAACUCAUACAGCCUAGCAGCGUCACAUGGACACAGGAAUGUGUUCCGGAAGCUUCUGUCCCAGUCCGAGAAAGAAAAGGGAGACGUCCUUUCUCUGGAGGAAAUCCUGGCCGAGAGCUCGGGGCCUGUGGAGAAGAGACCACCCCAAGCUGACGGGACCCUCCUCCGAACAGGAAAGGCCAAACUGAGGGCCCUGAGAGAGGCCAUGUACCAUAGUGCUGAGCACGGCCAUGUGGACAUCACCAUAGACAUCCGCAGCUUAGGUGUCCCCUGGACUCUGCACACCUGGCUUGAGUCUCUGCGUACCUGUUUCCUUCAGCACCGACGCCCCCUUAUCCAGGGUCUACUGAAGGACUUCAGCUGUAUCCAGGAGGAGGAGUACACAGAGGAGCUCAUCACCCACGGCCUGCCCCUUAUGUUCCAGAUCCUCCGCGCCAGCAAGAAUGAGGUGAUCAGCCAGCAACUGUCUGUGAUCUUCACCCAGUGUUAUGGUCCCUUCCCCAUCCCUAAGCUAACGGAGAUCAAGAGGAAGCAGACCUCACGCCUUGACCCUCACUUCCUCAACAACAAGGAGAUGUCUGACGUAACAUUCCUGGUGGAAGGAAAACCCUUCUAUGCACAUAAAGUCCUGUUAUUUACGGCUUCAGCCAGAUUUAAGUCUCUGCUCCAAAACCGACCAGCAGCAGAGAACACCUGCAUUGAAAUCAGUCAUGUCAAGUACAACAUAUUCCAGCUGGUAAUGCAGUAUCUGUAUUGUGGCGGCACUGAAUCACUGCACAUCAGGAAUACUGAGAUUAUGGAGCUUCUGUCUGCAGCAAAAUUCUUUCAACUAGAGGCCCUUCAGCGACACUGUGAGAUCAUCUGCUCCAAGAACAUCACCACCGAAACCUGUGUGGACAUUUACAAACAUGCCAAGUUCCUCGGUGCCAGUGAGCUAGCAGCCUUCAUCGAGGGCUACUUCCUGAAGAACAUGGUGCUGCUGAUUGAGGUGGAGGCUUUCAAACAGCUGCUGUAUGAGACGCCGGCUGUGGAGAGCCCUGCAUCCUGCCCCUGCCCCAUCUCCGAUGUCCUCCAUGAUCUGGAGAAAACUCUGGCCACCCGCAUUCACUCCAUCCACCUCUCAUCGUCCAAGGGCUCCGUUGUGUGACCAUUCUGGGUCAUCCAAACAGGCAAUCACCCAGAACUGACUCUGCAAAUCAAUCGACCACCCUAGUUCACCCACCCGUCCACUGCAAAAGGGCCUGUUGGGUGUCAGGGUUGUAAACGUGUUCAUGACGUCCUUGUAAUGUUCCCUCUACAUCCAAUCCAGGUCAUAUACCUGUUCAACAGAGCUGGGUUGUGUGACAGGUCUGAGUGUUAAAGCUUUCCGAAACUUGCCGGCAACAAGGUCUUGCAGGUUCAUGUCGAAAUGUGACAUUUCAUGGACGAACGUCUAUUUCUGACGUAUUUUGGACUUCAUUAAUUCUAUGUGAUUACAGAUUUAAUGAUAGGAUUAGUAUUGGAACAACUCAAUGGUUAACAGAUCUGGAAUGUAUUCUGAUUGGCUGAGGUUAGGGCUAGGUCUGGGAUAGUGUUAAAACAAGACAUUUUAACAUUAUUUAACAGCAAGAGGGCUAGCUUCAAAUGCUCUGGUGUUGAUGCGGUGAUGUUUUUUUGUGUGGACACAAUAGGACAUUAUUCAAUGUUUGGGGGACCAGUAAAUUGAAUGAACUCCAAGUUUCAGCUUUACACUGUAUCCAGCUCUCUACCCUCCCUUUGCUAGAGGUUUCAGCAUUUUUAAUACCCCUAAUCACUGCAGCAUCUAUUACAUCAUGGAAAAAUGUCAACUGUAAGCGAUUAUAGCUAAUUAUGAUUAUAAAAUGUACACAUGUACAGCAUUUCAUAUGAGAUACAUUUGUGGAACAGGGUCCCUUUUGCUCAAAGUGAAAAAUAACCAGAAUCAAUUCAAUGGUUAGUUUGUGGUUGCGUUGUUUUUCUUUUGUAGAAUUGGGAUGUAAAUAUGAGUCGUUGACUCAAGUAUUAGAAUUCAAACAUGAAUUUAACUAACCGCAAUCAUUAUUAUUGAUAAUGAAUGAAACUUUGGAAGUGCAUUGUAGCAAUGAUUUGAGUGAUUUGAGAAUGAAAAAGACAAACAUUUGCCAAGUCAUUCUGUUUGUGUUGGAUGACAUUUCAUUCAAGCAUUGACAAAGUAUGUGCUGAUGCCAAACUUAUCAGAGGAACUUCCACAACUGACUAAUAGUUCUGUGCUUUUUGAACUGUAGGCUGACUACAACAAUAACAAUCCAUUCAUGUUCUAGCAUAGAUGUUCAAAUCAAAAUAUCAAUAAUUUGCAUGACACCUCUCAACUGUAAAGCCCUACUAUUGCUUUUUGGGCAAGCCAACUUCGUAGACUUCUUUCAAGGGAAUCAGAGUUCUCUGGUGAGUCAAAGUCCUGUUGACAUUCUCGAGAUUUAACUUAACUGUGAAGGAUCCGGCUUCGUAGUUACUUGGAGAAAAAUGUAAAUAGGAGAAAAAGUUAAAUGUCUUUAGUCAUUCUUUGUAAACUAAUUCACCCCCACUUGCUUGGUUAACAGCACUGCUCUCAUUCAACAUGUUACCUGCACUAAUGUUGUUCUAAAUGUGCAGUUCUGUUAAUGCAAAGUUGCAUGUUAAAUGUAUCAAUUGAUUGACUGUAUGCCACAUUUUUGGGGAUCUGUGUGUCAUGCAGAUUGUCAUAAGUGAGUCUGUAAUAGUCCCUGAUACUUAGAGAAUUUCAAGCAUGGGACAUUUUCUGUCUAAGCUGUGCAACUGUAGUUGCAUUCCAGAUAAUUAAGGUAGCCGAUCCCCUCAUACCUUUAAUCCAAAAGAAAAUGGAAAUAGCCGCCAUAAUCAGAAGUAGAUAUUGCAAUAUCUGUAUAAUGCAAAAAGUAUAUGUCUCAUGGUGCAUUCAUCGAUUAGAAAUCAGCUUUCAGUAUAAUUUCAGAGACCGAGAGGAGUAAAAUAAUUAGUGUGAAAGAAACAUCAUAGAACAGUAUUUUUAAAGUAAACAUUGUUUUUGGACAGAGUACAGUAGCCUACUGUAUGUCAGCAUUUGAAAUACCUUUUCCCCUUUCUCCAAUUACAAGCGGUGCAUGACCUUUCCUGUAGCUUAUUCACACUUUUACUGGAGCCUGAGGGUUCAAUAAUGAUUAAGUAUGAAUAUAUGAGCAAAUUUAAAAUGUGUAAAUAAGUAAACAAAUUUUAAUUAUAUUAUUACUUUAUUUUCUUACCAUAUACAGCACUAUGUAUUAUUUUACAAUUGUUAUUUUGUUUUACAAAUGUGAAAACGGUUGUGAAAAAGGGCUGUUUUUUUAAACAGCUCACUGUGUGUGAUACAUUCUGGAAGUGUAAAGACACAGAAGCCCCAAUAAUGAUUCUUUUUUGUGAACAACCAAACCCCUUCUCCUGGGCUGUAAAGCUUGAAGUAACACUACGAGAGGGGUAUGCGACCUUUAUUUUGUGCUUAGGACCUCUGACAUUCGGUUUGAAAACACUGAAAGGUUUUCCACAUUCCCUAACACUGGAAAGUUCUAGCUGACACAAUGUGUUAUGGCACUUCUGAAGCAAAAAAAAAAAAAACAAGCUAAUGAAAAGGCAUCUCCAUGGAAACUAAGAUUUACGUGUGUCAGGCUCUGUUUGUGCUAUUGUUACGUAGUUACAGGUCCCUCACAGAUGACUAACUUACGCUUGACUCUGAGAUGGUAUGCGAACGAAAGUAAAGACACUUGGGAAUGACUCUCAUUGUUUUGUGUCUUCUGGGGUAAAUAUUCAAGGGUUUGUCAGAUAUAAAUGACUCUGGCCCGUUUACUUUGCCUACACAUUUUAUCCGAUUCAGAUGACCCACGGCAUGCACGAGGUAUUGACUAGAUCUGGAAUGUAAGGGGACAUUUUGCUAUUAUUUUCAUGUACCCAUUAUAGCAGUGUUUCCCAAUCCUGGUCCUGGGGACCCCAAGGGGUGCAUGGUUUUGCCCAAGCACUCCCACACCUGGUUCAAAUGACAGACUUGAUAGGUUGACUACGUCGAUCAAGUAAGGACAACGUUUUGAAUCAGAUGUGCGAGUGCCAGGGCUUAACGUGCAAACCUUGGGGUCUCCAGCAUCCGGGUUAGUUGGGAAACACUGCAUUGCAGGGAUGUGGUUGAGUAUAACAACUAAAGGUUACACUCACAGUCAAUUGUUCCAUGACAUGCAUUUGUGUACAGCCAAUAAAAUCAUCACAACUUAA